AUGGCCGACUCGGACGGCGAGUACCAAGCCAACGAUGGCUCCGACGACGAGUUCGGCGACCAUCAGGUCGCCCCCUCGAAUCGCACACGCGGACAGGCCGGCGCGCCGUCCAAGGGUCAGCGCAGGGCCGCGUGGGAGGAUGUCACACGAACGUGGGAGGUUCUCGAGGAGAACGAGGAUGGCACCAUCAAGCGCAUCGAGACGGCCGAGGCCAAGAAGCGCGCCCGCCUGAUGAAGGACACGACGCCGCUGCAGCGUGGCAUCAUCCGGCAUCUGGUGCUCGUGCUGGACAUGUCGUUCGCCAUGGCCGAGAAGGACCUGCUGCCGAACCGCCACGAGCUGACCAUGGCCUACACGCGGGAGUUCGUCAGGGAGUACUUUGAGCAGAACCCCAUAUCACAGCUGGGCAUCAUAGGCAUGCGCGACGGCGUGGCCGUCAGGAUAAGCGACAUGAGCGGCAACCCGGCCGACCACCUGGAGAUGCUGACAGACUGGGUCAAAAAGGAGCCGCAGGGGAACCCGAGUCUGCAGAAUGCGCUGGAGAUGUGCAGAGGUGCGCUAUUUCACGCACCAUCACACGGGACCAGGGAGGUCCUCAUAGUCUAUGGCGCACUGAUGUCGAGCGACCCGGGCGACAUCCACGAGACCAUCAGCGCCGUCAUUAAGGACAGGAUACGGGUGUCCGUCGUGGGGAUAUCGGCACAGGUGGCCAUCUGCGCCGAGCUCUGCGCGAAGACGAACGGGGGAGACGGGUCGAGCUACAGCAUAGCGCUACACGAGCAGCACCUGCGCGAUCUACUACUGGACGUCACGACGCCGCCGGCCACCCGGGUGACGGAGCAGAACAACGCCAGCCUGCUGAUGAUGGGCUUCCCGUCCCGCACCAUGGCCACCGGCGACACCAUCAACUACUGCGCCUGCCACAACCGGCCGACGCGCGAGGGCUACGAGUGCACCCGCUGCGGGUCGCGCGUCUGCCGCCUGCCGGCCGAGUGCCCCGGCUGCAGCCUGACGCUGAUCCUGUCCACGCACCUGGCCCGGUCGUACCACCACCUGUUCCCGCUGCGCAACUGGGUCGACGUGCCGUGGUCCGACGCCGGCCGGUCGACGGCCUGCUACGCCUGCCUGACGCCGUUCCCGGUGUACAGCCGGCAGCUCGCCGAGCACGCUCCCGUUGGGCUGAGCGAGUCGGCGCGCUACGCCUGCGAGGUGUGCGGCAACCACUUCUGCAUCGACUGCGACCUGUUCGCCCACGAGGUCCUGCACAACUGCCCCGGCUGCCAGAGCGACACGAGGGGCGUCCCGGAUGGCGAGGCUGACGUCGACGGCACGGUCCUGCAGAUCAAUGGCAGUGCCAGUGCCAUGGAAAUCGAUUCAUGA